GAGUCCACGGCGCGCGCCGAGGAGGCGGAGCGCGCGGCGCAGGCGAGGCUGUCCAACGUCAGGCUGGAGCGGCAGAGGGCCGAGGGGAAGCUGAAGCGGCGCCUCCAGGUUCUGCAGGACGAGUGGCGGUCGCAGCGCACGGCCUCCGGCGCCAAGUCGCGGCAGUCCCACCAGGCGGCGGAGCGCUGCGGGGAGAUCAUGGGGGAGUUGGCCGCGCUCAGGAGCCAGCGCGAGGGCGAUGAGCGCGAGGGCACCUCCCUGCGGCAGCAGCACGAGGCUGCCGUGGGCAUGCUGGAGCGGGCCAGCGAGGCCUUGCUGAGCCAGGCCCGCCUGCUGCCCCAGCAGGCCUCGUGGGGCCUGCGCGAGGCGGAGGGGCCGCAGGAGGCCGCUCGGCUGCAGCUGGAGGAGGCCCACGAGCGGGGCGCCGUGCUGGCGGCGGAACGCGCCGAGGCCGCGCUGGCGCCGCUGCUGGAGGGCGGACGCGCGGAGCUCAAGCGGGACCACUUCUACGUGACCUCGCAUAGCGGCAACGAGUCCUUCGUGAAGGUCGACUCCGCCGACUGUAAGGACAUCAAGCGCACGGCUAGUGGCAAAGCGUUCCACAGGCAAUUGGACGUUGCGGGCCUACGAUCUGGUCGCGCGCCAGCUGCCUCUGGCAAGGUGGCUGCUCACCGUGCCUUGCGGCGGGGCGAGCUCAUAUCGAGCGCCCAUGUUUCCAUCGCGCGCCCUGCAUGCUCACGGCGGGCGAUCCUGCUGAACGCGACGCUGUUCGCGACACGCCACGGUUGGGCGUUAAUCGAGAUCCCGAUGGACGGCACCGCGACGAGGCUCCAGGCGGUGUCCUCGGAGCCGCUGGUCGAGUGCCUCACGGUGCUCCUGCUGAGCCCGUUCGUGCCAUACGUGGGCGGCACCUUCUGGAUUGACCCCCCCCUGCAUCAGGUGAAUUCAACCGCAGUGGAUUUCGAGACGCAGCUAGAGAUCACGGUCGCGCAUUGGAUCGGGACGUUGCUGGGCAACGUUACCUCGUUCUCCCUGCCCCUGACAAAGAGGUUGCUCAUUUCGUUGCCGCUGCUGGUGGCGCCCUACUGGGUCUUCUCCCAGAUCGUGCCGCAAUCGGCGGACCUCAUCAUGAUCACGGCGGCGUUCUCCGUGCUGGGGAAGGCUUCUUCGUGUCGGGGGGCGAUCUCGUUCUGGCUGCCGAUCGUAAAUUUCUUGUUCACCAUCAGGGGGGAUUCGCUGAGCCUGUUCGUGUUGCUGGUUCGCCUCACACCGACUUGGCAGUGCCUGGUGUGCCUCUUCUCUCUCGUGCUGAUCUACUCCAACUGCAUGUGGGUGGCAGGGCACUUCGUUCUUCUCGCUGACGACCUGGCUCGGCCUUGGUGGGCGGAUGGCGCAGAGGGCGCUGAUCGUGCUGGCCUGGCCAGCCAGCCAAAGGGGGUCUUGACGGAUGCGGAGUUGACGGAGAGGGAUGACGAGUAUGUUGACGACGCCAAUUUGACAGAGCCUCGGUAUCAGGCCUAA